UUAACGUUUGCCUGCGUUUGCCUCUCUUCGGCGAUAAACUGACUGGACAUGAUCUCAACUAACCUCAACGUACUUAUCAUAAUGUUUUUCUAAUUAAUGUUAACCGAACACUAUUUUUCAAUUUGCAAUAGUGUGGAUAGAAGGACAAUAACAUAACGUUCGACGAAAUAUCAGAAGUUUUAUUGUAAAAUCUGCAACACUCGUCUAUUACCGAGCAUUACGGAGCCAAUUCAUAAUCAAAAUCCUCGUACUUUUUUACCGGUUUUUUAGCAUCGCAGCUUCAAAAAAUGAAUAUAGUGUGCGUGAUAUGCAGUGACUUGUUGACACCAUCCGAAGAUGUUUUCCACACACCAUGUGGACAUAUUUUCCACUAUCCAUGCUUGAUACAAUGGCUUGAAAGAUCAAAGACAUGUCCACAAUGUAGAGAAAAGACAACAGAGGCUAAAAUACAUAGGAUAUAUUUUAAUUUUUCAAACAACGACACUAUCAAGGAAGAUGCUACGUGUUUACAACAGAAACUCGAUAAUUUGACUUUUCAGGUACGGCUAAAAGACAAGAAUAUAAGCAAUCUUACAGAGUCCAAUGAAAAGUUGGAGAAGAUGACAACUGGAUUAAGACAAGAAGUUCGGAAAAUUGAAAGUGAAAUGAAUGGCAAAAAUAGUGCAAUUCAUGCACUUAAAGAGCAAAUCAAAUUUUAUAAACAGAGAUGUUUAGACACAGAGAGCUAUGUAAGAGAGAAUGAAUGUCUGAAGAAACGUCUUGACAAUUUAAAAAAUAUACAAAAUCUCAUUGAUCUUUCUAUAGACGAAGUGGACGAUGCAAUUAUGAUGACAAGUGACUGUUCCAAACUUGUAACAUAUAUAUCAGUAUUAAAAAGAGAACUGGCAGUUAUGUCCAGGAAAAGCAAAGAAAUUAGAGAAAAAUAUAAAAAACUGCAUCUAGAAAAUUUAAACAUUUCUACAGAAAAUAAAAUGUUGGUAGAAGAACGUGUUAAACGAAGAGAAUUAGAAAAGCAAGUAAUAAACUGUGAAAGUGAGAAAAUAGCUUUGCAAACGCAGCUUCUGGAGAUGCAGAAAGAGGAACGCAAAUGCAUCUGUAAUAAAGCAUCUAAAAUAUCUUUGGAAAGUCAAGACAGCUUACAAGUGGAACAUGAUAGAAAAUCUGAUAUAGCAAUAAAUGAUUCUGUGCUAGAUCUUGAACAUACUUUAAAACUUGAAAAGGAUGACAAUUGGAUAAAUUCAUCUAACACUGAGAAUUUCCAACGAAGUGUGCCUAUAAAGUCAUCAUAUUAUCUGGUGAAAAACGGGAUUAAAAGACAGGCAUCUAAUAACAGUUUACAAGUACCUCCCAUACUGAUGAAAAAGUCGAGAUUUAAUCAACCGACACAAAAGACUGCCAGUGGUAGUGGUAUGAGUUUUGAUGGCUUUGGAGGACAUGCCAAAUAUGAUCAAUUUCCUAAUCCAAUUAGUAGUUCACACGUUAAAAAAAUUAGAGAAAUUAGAGAAAUUCGAGAUGCUUUAAAAACAAAACAACUGAAACUUAAUGCAGUAAAAGAACAGGAGAGAAUUCACAGAGUUUAGAAGCGAUUCCCGGCUUUGAAGAUAGCGAGUGCAAUUUUACAGAAUUAAUUUCUCUUCGCGGAAGGCAGUUCCUUUCAAUUCACCUACUUUCUGCCGCGGAACCAGCAACGGCCACUGGAAAUUUGUUGCAAUAGAAAGCGGCCUCUCGGCUUUCGGCAAAAGGAUUAAUCGUUUCCCGAUUCCGUCCUUUGUAGUUGCGUCGAGGACGCACAGCAGGAAUGCACACUGACCAUUCGCGCUACGUCCUCUGCGUGUUGCCGAUCGAUUCGGGCUUGUCCGUGCUUGUUCGUUUCGUACCCGCCACAGCCUCCGCACCGUUUCGAUCAGAUCGUCGAGAGAGACUUGAUUGUCGCCGUCAAAGUUUGGAAAUGAAGAUGAUCAACGGUGAUCACUGUUUGCGUUCGCGCACUCGAAACGAACGAGUACGCGCGUAUGCGUAACAAUGUUGACGAAUAAAAUUGAUAUAUCCAAAGAUAGAACCAGAAAUUAUUGUAGAAUGAGAAUUAUCUUACGAUUUAUCUUGUUAAAAAUUGCUCGAUAUUGAUUUUAAUUGAUUUAAAAUUCGCAUUUUUUAAGACAAAUUCCAAAUAAUUUUUAAUAUUGGACUGAGUAAUUAUUGCAUUUGUUUGAUUAGAAUUAUAUUACUUUUAAUAAAACUUGGAAAAUAUUAUUUUAAUUUUUUGUGUAGUAAAAAAUUAAUAAACACAUUUAAAAUAAGAAAUUGAUAUUGUCGGUCGAUAUAAAAGUUUUUUUUUUUUAAAUGCUACAGAUAUGCAAUAAUUACUGUUAUAUUAUGCAGAUUCAUUUACCGUCAAACUGUGCGUCACUCGAUAAAACAAACGAUAUUUAUUAUUAACCAAGGAAAUAAAUUUGAAAUUGAAAUAACGAAAACUAGAGUAUCUCUAAAAUUUGACUGAAGAUUGCGUAAAAUGACACUUUCCAUACUGCAUAACACGAUCCAAUUUAUCUGAAUGAAGUCGCAGUUGCAUCGGCAAAUUGCUGCGAGAGCGCGUUUCCAUUUCUACAGUAAUUGACGUGGCUCCGUGAAAUUAAACGAUCCCGAUUAACGAAAUCGACUGCAAACCGCCGUUUACCAUUAUGCGAAUGUUCGACAACACUCGACAAACUUGUAUCCUUUGCACAUUAUCAUAAUUACAAUGCAUUGUAUUGGAGCGCUUUGAUUAAUUAAAUCAAACUAUUUGCGAUAUUUACAAAGUGAAAGCCACAAUAAACUUUUUAAAAAGCCCUUAA